UCAUACCUUUGUUGAUGGCAUGCAUCCGUCAACAGCUCUCAGUGGCCUUUCACUGUCACAGAUUUUGCAAAUGGUAAGUGCACAAACAAUGAGAAAUAGAAUAGUACUUCUUUCCUUUUAACGAUACAGGUCCAGCUGGAUGAAAAUGGGAUAAAAGCAUACAAUGAAGUAAAGUUCUGACACACACAAACAGUAAGUCAAGUUAUUUAGCCAAUUUCAUCAGGUAACUCAUUUUGAACUCUCAAAUAGCAUCAUGACCUAAAUAAUUGUGUAGAUUUAAGAGUGCCCAGUAGCACAACUCAUUAACACUGCAAUUUAUGCAAAAGAGGUGGCUGAUAAAGCCAUAAGAGUUAUUUAAUUUUAAAUUGCUCCUCAUAGCUUUUUGUUUAACUCUUCAAAUAUACACAAAACCAUGCUGCUGAAAAUGAUGCUCCUUAACCACUGCUAUUUCUACUUCUCUGUCCAAAGAACUGAACAAACAAAAAAAAAAAAAAAAGGUGUGCGGGCAUACUCUUUCUCAUAGUUUUUCCACUUCCAGUUUCUGUAAGGCCUCUGCAUGUGCAGCCUGCUGAAGCGGAAGAGCUGUAUGUUAGUGCAAGGGAACAAGUGAUAGCUGCUCAGAAAAGUAAAGAAAGUAAAGCAAAUGUAGCAGUGUUGUUGCUUGUCUGCAGCCCCCUGAAACUGCCCUGUAUUUCAUGUUUGAAUUGGAAGUCCACUAAAGAGAAGGAAAAAAAAAAAAAAAGACAAAAUGUUUGUCCACUUAUAUUUAAAGACUGAACAAUGCAAGAUUACAAUUGAUACAUUUGCUUUUAUUGACCCUCCAGAAAUUCACAUCGUUAGAGAACUAACUGGGAAUGAAUAGCCAUACCUGUAUCAUGCAGACAGUUGAUUGAAGCCUAAGGGAAUUCAGAGGAGUUCUUAUGAAGCCCGUGAAAGGCAUUAAAUCUUUGUAUUUCAUGAUCAUAACAUACUUCAUGUCUAAUCGGUAACUUGGAUUUUGAUGGAAAGUUUUGGGCUGGAUACUGUAGAUAACAAAAUUCAUCAAGACAUAGAAAUUACAGUAAAAUUUUAAAGCAAGCAAUUUGUAUGGAUUAAUUUAAUCUCCUAUACUUACUUGAAGGUAUAUAAUAAUACUAGUUGUGUUCUUAUUCAAGUCUUGAAAAAUCCAAUGUAGUGUAUCAGCUAAUUAAAAUAAUAAUAAUAAAAAAAAGAACUAUACGAAGUAAAAUUUCAUACACAGGCCCAUGAGACAAGAUGGGGGAUGAGGUCUGAAAUACUGUUCUAAAUGAGUCAAAGAAAAAAAUCACCAGAAAGGAGACCUCACUCCACCAUCUUGUCCAAAAAUACCAAAAUUAGGCCAUUUGUUUGCUUUGCAGUCGUGGAGAUUCCAAAAACUCUCAAAGCAACCUUCUGUCCAUGGAUUACAUCAAAGAAAGUCAGUGAAUAACAAAUAUAAGACUCUUUUCAAGUUAAAAUUUGCUACACACAAACCCCUCCUGGAAAGCUUACUGGAUCAACAAAUUAAUAACGGUUAUGCCUCUUUCUUCAGUUUAUUUUUAUUUUUCACAAAUAUAACAGGACCUCUGCAUUUUUCCCAUCCAAAAUUUCCAUCAGGAAAUUUGCAUCCUUGGCGUAAAAGAACUGUUCAGAAAACACCAUAAUAUCCACUUGACAGCACAAUGUUGUCUCCAUUAUGUUCAGCAUAAUGUCAUAACUUAAUCUUGAAUAUGAUAAAAGGGGAAAGUAGAUGUCUGAAGUGUAAUAUGUGUAUUAGGACACUUUGUUUAGGCUUAUGCUGCCUGAAUUCAAUUCUUGUUCUCCUCAGAGACUGUCUCCUAACAGACAAGUAUUAAGUACACAUUUCUGCUUCUGUAACAGAAAACACAUAAUUGUGGUGUUUCAGAAAGGUAAUAAGUAAUGCAUCCUUGUUAUUUCAGUGUUUAGCUACAGGAGGUGUUACCAUGAUGCAAGACACCUGAUAUCCUUGAAUAACUGACAAUUACCGUUUAGAACCAAUAUCAACAAUAGGAAGGAAACAAAAUGCUAAGAAAGAGACAGAUCACAACUACAGAUCAUAAAACAGAGUAGGUGUGGCUUGGCUAACUGCAAGGGAUCACAUAUUUCAAAGUUUUCUAAGGACUUCAGCUUGGGAAAACCGCAGGUCGAGAGAGAAGGAGGGAGAAUGAGAGAGAGAGAGGUGGUGUAUUUUCUCUAGAAAGAGGUAGACUUCAGUAGAGGCAAACUCAUUCAUCCACACAAUUUCAUAUUUUCAAAGUCAUACACAAAAACAGCAAGAAGCAAAAAUUUUUGUAAGAUGUUGGGAAUUGUUGAGAUUUUUAUAGCUCUGGUAGCAUCUCUCCUGAUUUUGCAGUUCCUAAAGCUGCAAUGGAUGCGUAGCCAGCUUCCUCCAGGACCAGUCCCUCUCCCUAUCAUUGGAAACUUGUGGCUGCUGGACUUCAAACUUCGCAGAGAAACCCUCACCAAGUUAACCAGCAUCUAUGGGAAUAUCUACACAGUGUGGAUGGGACAGACACCUGUUGUUAUCCUGAACGGGUACAAAGCAGUAAAAGAGGGCAUCAUCACCCAUUCAGAGGAGACUUCUGGAAGACCUCUCACCCCAUUCUACAGGGACAUGAUGGGCGAGAAAGGUAUUUUUCUGACAAGCGGGCACACCUGGAAGCAACAGAGACGCUUUGGCAUGACAGUUAUAAGAAGCCUUGGACUUGGUAAGAACAAUUUGGAGCGUCAAAUUCAAACAGAGGCCCAUCACCUUCUGGACAUCUUUGCAAACACAAAAGGCAAGCCUUUUGACCCCCGCACUUUCAUUGUCCAUGCUAUUGCAAAUAUAAUCUGUGCUGUUGUUUUCGGACAUCGUUUCUCCAGUGAGGAUGAAUCCUUCAGCAAGCUUAUCAAAGCUAUUUAUUUUGUGAUCUACUUUCAAGCUACUAUCUGGGGCAGGAUGUACGAUGCUUUUCCAUGGCUUAUGCACCAUUUCCCAGGACCGCAUCAGGAAGUGUUUGCAUUCAAUGACUUCAUGCACAAUUUAGUUAUGAAUGAGGUCCAUGCUCACGAGAGGGAGAAAGCUGGCGAUCCACAGGAUCUCAUUGACUUCUACCUAGCUCAAAUAGAAAAAACCAAAGAUGACCCCACCUCUACAUUUAAUAAAGACAACAUGGUUCAGACCGUGGUUGAUCUUUUGCUGGGAGGGACAGAAACAACAAGUACCACUCUUCUCUGGGCACUGCUCUAUAUGGUGAAAUACCCAGAAAUACAAGAAAGGGUUCAAAGAGAGAUAGAGGCUGCUCUGGAACCCUCCCAUCUCAUCAGUUAUGAAGACCGUAAAAAACUGCCCUACACAAAUGCUGUGAUUCAUGAGACUUUGCGGUACAGCAACAUUACCUCUGUUGGGGUCCCUCGACAAUGCAUGAGGAAUACAACUUUGAUGGGCUUUCACAUUAAGAAGGGCACACUUUUGUUGCCAAAUCUGCACUCUGUUGUGUAUGACGCUGAGCACUGGGAAACCCCUUGGAAGUUCAACCCAAAUCAUUUCCUUGACUUGGAUGGCAACUUUGUGAACAAAGAGGCAUUCUUACCUUUCUCAGCAGGACACCGUGUAUGUUUGGGGGAACAGAUGGCACGAGUUGAACUGUUCAUCUUCUUUACCAACCUGCUUCGGGCAUUCACAUUCCAGCUCCCUGAGGGAGUAAAGGAAAUCAACAUGGAGUAUAUUUUGGGUGCAAUACUGCAGCCACAUCCAUAUAAACUGCGGGCUAUUCCACGUUAGUCUGCAACAUCCUACAAAGCUGAGGGACUUUGACCAGUCAGUAAUUGCAGUUAUUAAAGAACAAGUAUCUCAUUUGUAUUCAAAUUUAGGUAAUGCAGUAUAGCAAGUUAACAUAGAAGUAUUUUUAUUUAGGGGGUCUGAUUUCAUACAGUUGAGCUUUUUGAAAUUAAAAUAAGUUUACUUAACAAAGCUCAUAUAAUGAAGUCUUAGGUGUAUAUAAAUACUCAAAAACAUUACCAAAAACAUAUUUACACACUCACUUUAGCAGUGGAAUCAGAUGUAGCAUUUUAGAGAAGCAACCUGUACCAAGCUUUCCCUGUAUGUGCACUCAGUCACUAAUCACACUUAAAAUAGCACACCUCUUCUGAUGCAGCAAGGAUGCCUGAAAAUACAGUUUUGCUUCAGUAUGCUGUUACUCCUCUGCAUUCACAGAAGGCCUGCUCCUACAUCCUUCUGCAGAAGAUACCAGGUUAUACAAACUAAGCUUUGGCUCUUUUCCUUUCACACUCCGUGGAAGCACUGUAUCUUGUAGUAUAUAAGCUUCACAAAUGCAUAAAUUUAUGCAGAAUAGGAUCUGUUAUAAUCAUAUUCAAUUUAGAAAUACUUACACCUUUUUUACAUUACUACUUCUGUACCUGUUCACUAUUUCAUCAUGUCACGGAUCUAGGUGUCCUCAUGAAUUUCCCUUCUUCUACUUAGAAACACCAUUAUGUCAUCCAAUAUUUUGCUAUUUAAAGGGAAAGUAACAGUCUUUCAAGAAAUGAAGAAAAUAAUGAAGAUGGCAAUAUUUGUUAAAGCAAGCACAGUAGAUAUUCAUUAUCCACAGGGGCUUUUCUUUCAUUGUCCCAUACUUUCAUAACAGGUGUGGAAAGUUUUGACGACUUAAAAUGCAGCCACGAGCAUCCUAGGUGCUCUCAGUUUUCAAGGUUCAGUAGGGAU